UCUGUACUGCUGUCUCAUUUAUGACGAGGCGUGCUCCUCGCUUAGACACGCCCCAUGAAAAGGCCACUCCCACUUUGCCAGGAUCGGUUGUCUGAGUAUCUGCAGAUCGUGGACCAGGACUGUGUUCACAAUGCCAUACCUGGGGUCUGAAGAUGCUGUGAGGGAGCUGAAGAAAGCACUUUCUAAUCCUCACAUCCAAGGAGACAGAUUGAGAUACAGGAAUGUCAUCCACAAGGUGAUCCGGCACAUGACCCAUGGACUUGAUGUAUCCAGCGUCUUUAUGGAGAUGGUUAAAGCCAGUGCUACUGUAGAUAUUGUGCAGAAGAAACUGGUUUACUUAUACAUGUGCACCUAUGCCCCUCAAAAACCCGAUUUGGCUCUAUUAACAAUCAACACUCUAUGUAAGGACUGCUCGGACCCCAACCCUAUGGUGAGAGGAUUGGCCCUGCGGAGUAUGUGCAACCUCAGAAUGCCAGGCAUCCAGGAGUACAUACAACAGCCUGUUCAGAAUGGACUGCGAGACAAAGCGUCCUAUGUAAGGAGAGUGGCAGUCCUGGGAUGUGCCAAAAUGCAUCGGCAACAAUCGGAUGUGGAAAUUGAUGGAGCUAUUGUAAAUGAAUUGUACAGUCUACUGCGAGACCCUGACCCUAUUGUAGUAGUCAACUGUUUACGGGCUCUUGAAGAAAUGUUGAGAAGGGAAGGUGGAGUUGUUAUCAACAAGCCCAUUGCCCAUCAUCUGCUGAACAGGAUGGCUGAUUUGGAUCAGUGGGGACAAAGCGAAGUCUUAUCAUUCCUUCUGCGCUAUAAACCACGGAGUGAAGAGGAGAUAUUUGAUAUACUUAACAUCCUGGACAACUAUUUGAAGAGCACUCACAUCUGUGUGGUCAUGGGAGCCACCAAACUCUUCUUGGUUUUAGCAAAAGAGUUUCCUCAUGUCCAGUCAGAUGUCCUUGUCCGACUUAAAGGUCCACUACUUGCGGCCUGUACCUCUGAGAGUCGAGAGCUAUGCUUUGCCGCAUUGUGUCAUGUCAGAGAGAUCCUCCGUAGCUUGCCAGGACUUUUUAGCAACCAUUACAAGAUUUUUUUCUGUUCUUACAAUGAUCCUUAUUACAUUAAAAACCAGAAGAUAGACAUCCUGUGUGAACUGGUCAACGAUGAAAAUGUACACAGCAUAUUAGAAGAACUUCGCGUCUGCUGCACAGAUGUAUCCACACAGCUUGCCCAUACGGCGGUGUUUGCAAUAGGCCGCAUUGCAAGAAUGUACAGUGAGAAAUGUGUGAAAAUCUUAGCUGGGUUGCUUGAGUACAAACAGGAACAUAUUACUUCAGCUGUCAUACAGACUUUUCGGGACCUUGUUUGGCUCUGCCCACAGUGCACAGCUUCAGUAUGCCAGGCAGUUCCUGGUUGUGAAGAGAACAUCCAGGAUAAUGAGGGAAAGCAGGCAUUGAUAUGGCUCCUUGGGAUGCAUGGAGAACUCAUUCCAAAUGCACCCUAUAUCUUAGAGGACUAUGCUGAUAGUGUUAAAACUGAGAUCUCUCCAACGGUGAAGAUGGAGCUCCUCACUGCUCUUCUGCGACUCUUCCUCUCUCGGCCAGCUGAGUGUCAGGACAUGCUAGGACGUCUAAUUUACUACUGUAUAGAAGAAGAGACUAACAUGGCCGUACGGGAUCGAGGCCUCUUCUACUAUAGACUUCUAUCCUCUGGAAUUAAUGAGGUGAAGAAAGUGCUCAGUGGUCCGAAGUCUGACUCAUUACUGGGAGUCCUAGUUGACAGGACAGAACAACCAGUUAAUAGCUGGGUACCCUUUUUUAACACAUUAGCUCCUUUAUACGAUAAGAAGCUUUGGGAGUCAAUUACAGCCAACUCAGACAGACGGGAGCUACCCAUUGCGAGCAACCCAGCUACCAGAUCUCUUGUAGAAGAUUUUCACACACCAUUGGAUUGUGAAACGUCUCAAGAGCCUCCUGCUGCAAUCAAAUUGGUCAGCGAUAUUGCAAUGACCCCAGAGCUGUUUGAGAAAAAAUGGAUUUCACUGACCACAGUCCGUCGGUGGGAUAUUGGAUGGAAGGAAGACAUUGAACCUGAUCUCCUACAGUCUUCUCUUCACGUGUUGAACAUUUACACCAUUGCCAAAAGCAAAACCGGCACACAGCCAUGGAAGUCAUAUUUAUAUGCACAAGACAGCAAAGAAAACGUAUUUCUUGUCGAAUUAAUGUUGUGUACGGAUUCGUAUUCCCUAAAAACUACCGUGAAACAGGACAGGGAAAACGAGGUUGUACUUAAUGACUUUGUAUCACUAUUACAACGUGCGGUUUCUGCAGUGCAGGAACUGUCCAGGUGAAAGUAUCUUAAUGUUGGAGAAGUACCUGAAGCCUCAUGAGUAGUGGAUUAUUAUUAAUAUAUGGUGGCCUUAUCCCGUCCUGUAUGAAUGAUGACAUGCCAAUGAAUGGACUUACAAUGUACGUGAAGAUAUGUAACACAGUGAACAGAGCCACGGGUACUGUAUGCCCACUGUGAUGGAUCACACAUUCCUAUUAAAGGGAGUCCGUCACCAGUGACCUUCCGAUGAAACUGUUUUCGUAGACUCAUAGCUGUGGUUCAUCUGAUUAAAACGCUGUUUUUCUUUUGUAUAUAUGAGGCUCCAUUCCAGAGUUAAGCGCAACAGCGACGUCCUCCUUGCACCAAAUGUGUAAUUUGCAUAUUAAGAAAAAGUAUUAUUAAUAAUAAAUAAUUAUGUUUUUUUCUUAAUAUGCAAAUUAGACAUUUGGCGCAAAGAGGCCUCUUUCACAUUUCAGUUUUU